AUGUCAAAUCAGCUCGGGGGAACUCAGGCUGAAAAAUGCCCAUUAUGCGCUAAUGAGUCACCCUACAUGUCUCUUUGGUUUCAAGAAAAUACCGAGACAUGGAUAAAGUGUGAUAUCUGCCUUGUAUGGUGUCAUACUACCUGCCUUAAACUCCCUGCCGAAGAGUGUGACCGAAUCGAUGAAUAUCACUGUCCUGAGUGCACGAAGGUCUAUGGUCCAAGUACUUAUAAAGUGCGAAAAUCGCUCCGUGAACAUUCUCGAGUCAAUUACGCAGAUCUUGAUAAUGGAAUAACCGGUAAUCCUUACAAGUGGAAACGAGUAAUUGACUCCAAACAUUUUGUCAGGCAUAGAUUUCAAAAGAUUUGUGGUGAACUUUUAACGCUUGAUUGGAUUCGUCGACAUGGGUUCGAGGAACCAAUCAUUGUCGAAAAGCCGGAUGGACUCGGCAUGAAAAUGCCCUCAAAUGAUGUCACGGUUAGUUGCAUCGCGGAAGCUGUUGGCUACGACAUGCCAGUAGAUGUUAUUGACGUUUCAACUCAGCAAGAACAACCUGAUUGGAACAUGUAUAAAUGGGCUUCUUAUUUUGAUGGGCCGAAACGAGAUCAGGUGUUAAAUGUGAUCAGCUUGGAAAUUAGUGGGACACCACUGGGUGACUCAAUAGUCCGACCGCGCAUCGUGAGGGAGCUUGAUUGGGCUGACAACGUAUGGCCGGCCGAAUUAAGGGAUUUGGAAUUUCCAAAAGUACAGCUUUAUUGCCUUAUGAGCAUAAAAGAUAGCUUUACUGAUUUUCACAUCGAUUUUGGAGGAACUUCUGUCUUUUAUCAUGUCAUAAAAGGAUCAAAAGUAUUCUACUUCGUUCGCCCAACCUCUCCGAAUUUGAGAAAGUAUGCGAGAUGGAUAACAUCACCGGAGCAAUCGAUGACUUUUUUCGCAGAUUUAGUCAAAAAUUGCUAUGAAGUUCGUUUGGUUGCCGGCAACACAAUGAUCAUUCCUACUGGUUGGAUUCAUGCAGUUUACACGCCCGAGGAUUCAAUAGUUAUUGGUG